AAACGUAAAUGUCAUCUGCAGUUAUCAGAAAAGCAAUUUUCUCUACUUUCAUCAUAACACUAAAUUCAAAAUACUGCACCGUGUGGUGUUUGAAUAAUAGGAAAAAUUAAUAAAUGUUACGUGUCUUAAUCUUAACAGCUGUGACCGCUACUCUUCGUAGCAAUUUCGCAACUGUAGCCGCAAUGAAUGUGAAAUCUGUUGACUUCGAAGUGUUUGGCCGGGUCCAAGGAGUUUUCUUCCGAAAGUACACCAAAGAACAAGCUGAAAAGCUGGGUCUUCGAGGGUGGUGCAAGAAUACUUCGACAGGCACUGUGCUAGGGCAAAUGCAGGGACCUACUGAUAAAGUGGAGACUAUGAUGCACUGGCUGAAGACCACAGGCAGCCCCAGUAGCAAAAUAGAAAAGUGUGAGUUUAGAAACCAGCAAGAUAUCGAGGAUUAUACCUUUAAUAAUUUUGAAAUCCAACGCGAUUAAUUACUUCCACGUGUUAUGUAAAGUAAUUGCAAUACGAUAAGCUUAUAAUUACAUGUAUUUUAUCAGUGUGUGAUAUUUUGAAUACUCGGCCGUGUUACUCCCACACACGACCGUAAUAUGGUAUUAGUAAUUUAUUUGAGUUAGACUAACUACAAUACACUCGGGAAUUAA